AUGAAUACGUUUACAUUACAAAAAUUAUCUUUUGUUAUUUUAACAACUUUCUAUUUAUCACUACCAUGGAUCAUAUCCAUAGUGAAUACGUUGCCAACAACAAAUAACAAUGAUCCAAAUAUUUUGUACCGUUUAACACCAUCAUCAUCAUCAGCAGCAGCAGGAGCAGCCGCAUCAUUAUCACAUCAAAAUGGAGGUGGAGAAAGAAUUUAUCUGCCGGAAGAACUUCUUGCACAACUAUCAAAUGAACCAUAUAUCAAUUCAUUGUAUUUACCAAAACGUGCUGCUUACAUGGAUUUACCAUGGGGUAAACGUGCUUUAGCUAAACGUGCAGCUUAUAUUGAUUUACCAUGGGGUUAA